AUGUUUGAACACAUCCUCGCAAUCUUUGUCUGUUGUUGUGCACUCGCCACCACCGCCGCCACCGCUGAGGAGACAAAGAAGAGCAUCCUCGAGACAAUCAAGAGCACUCCCGAACUAUCCAGCUUGGCCGCCCGUCUCGACGACUUCCCAUCCUUUACGUCGCUGCUGGAGAGAGAGCAGAUAACGCUGCUCGCGCUGGACAAUGCCGCGUUGAGCGAGACCGCGGAAAACAUCACAGAGUCGUUCUGGCAAUACCACGUCCUCGACGGCUCAUUUCCCACCUUCCCCACGAAUUGGACGCAAUAUCUUCCCAGCAUGCUACAGGUCGACGGGUCUACCGAGUUCGUGGUCGCGCAGACGUCGCUGCUCAGCGGCACCACGACUUUCUGGUCCGGCGCGCAGAGGACGUCGUAUACAACCGGGAAUGUGACGAGCUGCAGUAACGGCGUGAUCCACGUCAUCCAGCGCGCGCUGGCACUUCCCGGGAAUUUCAGUUCGACGUACGCGCAGAGCGUCUUGAUCAAGAAUCCCUCCCCGUUUUCUACCACUAACACGAGUGGUGGUGGUGUUGUGGAGGACGUCAACGUCAACGUUGUCAAGAACGGAUCGACCAGGAUCAAGUCGAUCGACUCCCUCUCCGGCAUCACCGUCUUCCUGCCCAUCACCCACGCGUUCCAGGCCAUCGGCUCCGUCGCGAGUACCUGGACCCUGGAGGAGUUGCGGCGGAUCAUGUCCUACCACGUCGUCGACGAGGUUCUGACGCCCGACGCCACGGGUAAUCUCCCUCGGGGGGAGUACUCGACGCUCGAGACCUCGAAAAAAGUGGUAAUCUCCAGCGUUGGAGGUGUCCAGUUCGUCAACAGUGCCAGGAUCGUGGGCAAGUAUAACUGGGUGUUUGAGGGGGGCACAAUAUACACGGUUUUCGGCGUGCUGAAUCCUGACAACACCACCGUGGCCCCCAACGCCAGCGACUCGGGCGUUGCAUUCGCGGGCGCCUCCUUCACCACCGACGUGUCCUUCCCAAUAACAUCUACGUCUUCCACCAACUCAUCCUCGUUGACGUCUGGCGGUCUCUCGAUCGGAGCCAAGGCCGCCAUCGGUAUGGGGGCUGUUGUGUUCGCCAUCAUCGCAACGCUCCUGGGAUUCUGGAUUUUCCACCCGGGGCGCUCAAGACAGUGCGCUUCCAUUAAAUAUGAGGACGGCGGGUACCAGCUCUCCGACAUGAGCAUGUCUCAAAAGAACUUGACGUCUCACCCAGGAACCAUGGGGCGAGGGGUUUGA